AUGUCAAAAUUCAUUGCAUCGAUUACUACUGAACGUGACUAUGAAAUAAGACGAUUUAUUGAGACUGGAUUGAUAACAUUGAUCCCUGUUAUAGGACGUGUUAUCUCACCGGAUGCAGGAUUAAAGAAUGCAGAGAGUGAGAACGAGGUAGAAGGCAGAGCGCACAGGAAACGCUCAGAGGACGGAAUUAUAUCGUUGAAAAGCCGACCAAGCUCGUCAGCCGCGGGCCCGAAGAUCGUCCCGCUGGAAGAACCUGACUCUCAAGUCUUCAUAGGCGACGAGGAGCUGAAGACGAUUACCGACGACAUCCUGAAGACGGUGGAGGGCGACGAUUCCGAGGACCAGGAGAAGGCGCAGGAACCCGCAUCCAAGAAGUCCUUCGACGCCGUGGCUCUGGCUGGCUUAGAGCCCAUUGCGGAGGAAAAGAAGGACGCCGAGGGAGAUUCUGUGACAGAUACGCUCGAUACAGAUAGGCAGUGAUUGCGAUAGAUAAAGGGGGAGGAGGAGGAUACGAGAAAAGAAGGAGCGAGAGAGAGAAAAAAAUAUUUUUUCGGCAGAAUUUGUGAAGCUCGAUGUAGAUAGGCAG